GCCGACCGCCAGGAAAAACGGGAUUGUCCUGUCAGCCGCCGGAGGAAUCGUACGUUGCGUGGACAACUGUAUUUCCGCAUCAGGUGAACGGAUAUUGUUCGGAGUGCGUGUCGGUCGCGGUUCAAUGAUGACUAGUUAAAAGUUUAACGAUUCAAGGACACCCGGCGGAUCGUCACGAGCACCGACACUACGUGAUUCCAAGAGCUAUGGCUACCAAGAGGAUGCUGUCCCUGCCCUAUCCGUUCUCGUUGGAGGAGGAACUGAAGAAGAAUCCGGAAAUAAAGGUUUCGGAUAUAGAGAUGCUGAGGGAAUGGUGCGACAAGCAACAACACCUGCCCAAGGUCUCGGAUCUGCACCUGAUAUUGUUUUUGCACAGUAAUUAUUACAGCAUGGAAGCGGCGAAGACCACGGCGGAGAACUUCUUCACUAUUAGAUCUCACGUUCCGGAGUUUUUCUCGAUGAGGAACCCUUUGGGCUCGAAAGAAUUGCGUCAGGCUUUCAAUCUCGCAGUCAUCACUGGACUACCAGAGUUAUCGAAACAAGGUCAUAAGAUACUUUUCGGAAAAUUGGUGGACUCCGAUCCGAUUCACUAUUCCUUCGAAGAUGUCACCAAGUCGUUCUUCAUGGUGUCCGAUUUGGUGGGCCUGAAGACUGGUACCUGCGACGGAUACAUUUUUAUCGGUGACUCGGCGAACGUGUCAUUGGGUCAUGUGGGUCGAAUAAGCCCUAUGGGUAUGAAGAAGCUAGUGAUGUACGUUCAGGAAGCGAUACCUGUUCGUUUGAAAGGGAUACAUUUCAUCAACACUCCACCGGUGAUGGACUUGGUGAUGAACAUGGCGAAACCUUUCAUGAAGAGCGAAUUGUGGAACAUGAUACAUUUACAUUCGUCCUUGAAAACGUUGGAAGAGUUCAUUUCUCUCGACGUGCUCCCGAACGAGGUCGGCGGAAAGGCGGGACCGAUAUCGAAAAUACACAGCGAUCAAAUAAAGGAAAUCGAUAGUAAACGAGAAUGGUUCAUCGAAGAAGAAAAAUUGGCCGCGGUGGACGAAUCUUUGCGUAUCGGUAAAAGCAAGACUGCGAAUGAACUUUUCGGUGUCGAAGGGACUUUCAAGAAACUUGAAAUAGAUUAAAAUCAAUUUAAACUUUUAAAUUUCGCUCGCUCAAAGAAGAAAUUUAUGGUGAACUAAUAAUGGUUCAUAAUUUGUUAAGAUUAUUUCCUAUACGUUAAGUGACUUUUGUUUCGUCCAGCAGAUCUUACAAAAAAUUUGUAUUUAUUGUAUACGAAUAGUACAAUAAAAGCAUA